GGUAUUGUUUCAGAAUGAGGGAUGCUGUAGCUCUGCUGGUGUUGCUGUUCUGUCUGUCUGGGACAUGGGCUCAGGGCCAGAGUGGAGGGGUUAGGGAGAAUGACAUCACUCUGCAGGGUCACAGCGAACAGGGGGAGAGCAGUAAUAAUGGUGGUUCUGAUAUCUGGGCUCAGCUGAAAGCACUGAGAGACAAGGUGCAAAGUAUGGGAACCAUCCUGGUGGAGCAGAGAGUGGAGCUGAGGUACAUGGGAAACAGAUUGACAGCUAGUGAGAGCCAAGUGGAGGAACUGAAGAGAGACAAUGCAGCCCUGGAGACCAGACUGAGUGUCAGUGAGAGGCUGGGAGAGGAGCUGAAGAGAGACAAUGCAGCACAAGCAGCAGCACUGUCAGCCAUGGGGGCCAGAGUGACAGCCAGUGAGAGCCAGAUAGAGGUGCUGAAGACAGACAAUGCAGCCCAGGCAGCAGAACUGUCCACCUUGGGGAGCCAGGUGGAGGAGCUGAAGAGGGAGAACACAGAUAGACCAAAGGUGGCCUUCUCUGCUGGUUUGACUAACUCAGGAAAAGUAGGACCUUUCAAUACUGAGACCCAGCUGAUCUACACCAAGGUCUUCACAAACAUCGGCAACACCUACAACCCAAAUACAGGUAUCUUCACAGCACCAGUGAGAGGAGUCUACUACUUCCGAUUCUCUAUGGUUUCUUAUGAAACCGCAUUGCUUGGGGGUCUAAACAUGUACAGGAAUGGCCAGAGAAUAUUGCAUAAUGGUCAGUAUUACAAUGCUGGGAAUGAGUAUGUGUGCAAUGGAGUGACUCUGCAUCUGCAAAAGGAUGAUACGGUCCAUAUGCGCCUUCCCAACGGCUGGGCAGUGUAUGACGAUGAUUCUAACCACAGCACCUUCAGUGGCUUCCUGCUCUUCCCUAUGUGAGAAUAAUCUACUGGUAUAAAGCCUCCUAUAGGGCUCAAUGUUAUUUUGACAUAGUCAUAUACAUGGAUAAACAUUCCAAUGGACUGCCAAACGUUGGUUGCCCAAUAAAUAACUGUGAGAAAUAUAAA